CUUUGACUCCUGUGACUUAAAGAACCUUCCGAAAGGAAAAGUGGCCCUCUUCGUUGCCUUUGCCUACGAUUACGAGCCCUAAUUUUUCCUUCUUUCUUUCUCGUAAAAGUAGACUUAUGAGGAAGUGAUCCAAGAAUUACAGUGACUACAUUGAAGCUCAAGCAAAUUCAAUCCCUCAGUUUUGAAUUCAGUGAGGCGUUCGGAAACCAAAAUGCCAGCUGUUCAGCAUUUUGCUCGAAUAGACGCUUUAGAGAUAAAGUCUCAGAUUGAAAGGAAGCUGGGGCGCCCGAAGGCAGAGGAGUAUUUUGAUCUGCUGGCAAGAUUUUUUGGUCUUAAGAUUAGCAAAUCUGACUUCAAUAAACUCUGCAUUGACAAAAUUGGGAGAGAAAAUGUUCGGCUUCAUAAUCAUCUCAUCAGAUCAAUCAUAAAAAAUGCAUGCCUUGCAAAGACUCCCCCAUCAAGGGAUGACAAAGUAGAAGGUUCUUUUGGUGUUAAAGUGGCAAAUGGGUAUCUAAGAAGUGGUGUUCAGCCACUAUGCCGAGAUAUUCCGCAGUCGCCUCGAAAGGGGAGGACCCCAACUUUUCGUGAUCGCAAGUGUAGGGACCGGCCAAGUCCUCUUGGGCCUCAUGGGAAGAACCAUAGUGUUGCUUGUGAAGAUUCAAUCCCCAAGUUUCAAGAACAGCAAAGUACUACAGAGCUGCUUUCUUUGGGUAGCAGACCCCCUGGUUCUGUGGAAGAUGGGGAAGAAGUUGAUCAAGCUGCUGGAAGCCCAAGCAUUUAUAGUAGGAGCCCUGUUAGAGCUCCACUUGGUAUCCCCUUAAAUACCAGAGGGACAAGAAAAGUGUUAUGUAAUGGAUUAGCAUCUGCAUUUUUUACUGAGACUUGUCAGAACAGUGGCGAGCUACCUGAUACCAGUUCUUUGAGGAGCAGAUUGGAGCAGAGGUUGGAGAUGGAGGGAUUAAAAAUCUCGGUGGACUGUGCCAACUUGUUGAACAAUGGCCUUGAAGUUUAUCUGAAGAGAUUGAUAAAGCCCUGUUUGGAACUUGCUAGUUCCAGGUCUGUACACAAACACAUAGACCAACGACAUAGUCCUCCUGUACCUGGUUUAAAUGGGAUGUGGCCUGUGAGAUAUGUACAAAAACAAAGCGAGCCUAUGCCUGCAUCCAUUUCAGACUUCCGGGUUGCAAUGGAAUUGAAUCCCCAGAUACUUGGAGAAGAUUGGCCGACAGAACUUGAGAAGAUUUGCUUGCGUGCAUCAGAGGAAUGAAUUGGAACUGAUUAGCACAUGAUUUUGGUAAAUCAAUAAGUUUGGGGUUCAUUUCAAAGUGACAAUGAGUUAUCACAAUACAACUGUAAAAUUUACUCUAACACUGAUCUUGACCUUGUCGUUUUACAAGCACCGCUGAAGUACAUUAGUAAAAGUUAUGGGAAGUUUUGGACGAAGGUAAUUAGAUUGUAUAUAGGUUUCAGUGCUGAUUUUUUGGGGUGGGACACCAUGACAUGGUAAAGUUUAAACAUAUCAACACUUGUAAUAAUCUUGAUAUAAUGAAUAGGUCAGUGGUCUUCUUUUUUUAA